CUGGCUCGUCGUCUUCUUCCCCAGCAGCCGCGGGUCCGGCUUUGGUGUCACCAAGGUCCCGGCCGAACGCGGUUCGGGACCAGGCCCUGGCGUUGGUCACCCGCGUUGCUAUGAGCGAGAUUGACUCCGUCUUGGCCAGCUUCGCGAGUGCCAUCAAAUGGAAAGAGGAGAACCCCGCUUAUGACCUCGCAGAACCUUUGACCAAUCUGCGGGAGGAGACGAGAAGCGUGCCGCGUGAGGAACACGAUAACAAUGCUGCUGGUGGUGCUGGGCCUCCCGCUGACAAUGGAGAAGAGGAGAUCACGGUGAUGGAUCGCACCUUUGUGGAUCCGUAUGAACGUGGCCUCAACCGCACGAUGGCUGCGAUUGAGGAGGCAGCCGCGGUGAGUCCUUACCUGAAAAUACUUCGAAUGAAUUGUUUUUGAGUUUAUUUUAAUUUUUGUCCGUAAUGUAGCUCAUGAUUAUAGACGAAGCUGCCCGGUUGAAAAUGUCACCUGAGAACUCCUGUCUAACUAUAGAAUUGAUACUAGGUUGCGGUUAUUGUAAUAAGUUAUUCCGAUGCGCAUUUUUCGCCUUCCAUGGAGUAUUUACAUGGUAAGAAAUUUCUAUGUCUUUUUCUCAGAUUCGUACGCGUAAGUGGCCUGUCCGUUUCGGGCGCUUGCUAGAGGCCGGAGUACACGGAGCAAAAGCUGUCCUAUUGGUUAAGGGUUAUCAGUUGACCUAUUCUCUCCUUCAUCAAUCCUAUCCAUGUUUGUAUGACUUUUCGACGAUCAUGAAAGGGACGAUGCAUAUCAAUUUUGAGUACCUUGGCUACUUAGAAGACUACUAGAGACCCCAUCCCCAACAUGAUGGCCUUACUAGGACUACUAGAGACUCCAUGAAGAUGGUGACCGACAUAGAUAAGUAGUUGGUAAAGAUCUAGAAGUCUCUAAGCUGACCAACAGUAUGGCUCGGGACUUUCUGCUACGAAUCCGGCCAGGGUCCAUGGACGCGCUCCCGGGAGUGGCUCGAAGUAACGUUUACGCGAUGGGCAGAUUUGCUCAUGAGGUCUCCGCAAACAACCC